UUCCCUGUCUUCUCAGUCCAUCAAUUAUGGCCUCCCAUUGCUCGAUGAGAGGAGCUGUGGGAGUAAUCCUCCUCAGAUUCUCCAAUGGCGUAUCUUCCAGAUCCAUUCUCAACUCCAGAAACAAUCAUCUUCUCACCAUGAGGAACUCCCUCUCGUCUCACUCCUCAAUCUGUCCUCAAACCACUUCGCAUUUCACGCCCUCACGUGAAGAUGACCGAAACUGCAACAAGCUUCAAGUCCGAAAGAUUUGGGUUUCAUCUCCUCUUUGUAUGGGUCGUCGCUCUUCCAAAAUCGCUGGCCGAAAGGGGGCUCAAGAUUCGAAGAAGGCGAAGCUAUACUGUAGAAUUGGCAAGGAGGUUGUAUCUGCUGUCAAGAAAGGAGGACCAAACCCAGUUUCAAAUACAGUUCUAGCUACCAUACUUGAGAAAGCAAAAGAUCUAGAUGUACCGAAGGACAUUGUGGAGCGUAAUAUUAAAAGGGCUUCUGAGAAAGGGCAAGAAGAUUUUGUUGAGAAGAUUUACGAGGUAUAUGGCUAUGGUGGAGUUAGUAUGGUAGUCGAGGUCUUAACAGACAAAAUUAACCGAUCAGUGGCAGCUAUUAGAUCGGUUGUUAAGGAUUACGGGGGGAAAAUGGCUGAUUCAGGAUCUUGCAUGUUCAAGUUUAGACGAGUUAGGGUAGUGAACAUAAAGGUCAAUGAUGCUGACAAAGACCAGCUCUUUAUUAUUGCUUUAGAUGCUGGUGCAGAGGAUGUUAUUGAGCCCCCAACUUAUGAAGAUGAUACCGAUGAAGAUAGGGCAGAAAGGUGCUACAAAAUUGUAACUUCUAAUGAGAACUACUCAACGGUAUUGUCAAAGCUACGUGAUGAAGGAGUGAACUUCGAGCCUGACAAUGGCUCUGAACUGCUCCCUCUGACUACAGUUGAGGUGGAUGAUGAGGCCAUGGAAUUGAACAAAGAGCUUAUGCAGAAACUACUAGAACUUGAUGAUGUUGACGCUGUUUAUAUCGACCAAAAAUGAAAAAUAUAGUACUGGAUGCUUCAUUUGAGGAUAUCUGAUUUUGAGGCUCAUCAGAAAAGUUAUCAGGGCAAUCUCUGAACUGGUUUUGUCUGAAGUCCGCAUAUAUUCUGAAGGAGUGAUGGUUCGCUACACACUUACGUUCACUUCUUCUAGUUUCCAAUUUGAAGCUACAGAAUCAAGACAAUUACCCUUAGACUUCUUACUAAACUGUUUCUGAACCAAAGACUGUUUAAAAAAAUCUAUUUAUGUUCAUUAAUCACAGAGCAAAAUGUUUGAGCA